UGCUUUCGGAGGUGUCUGUUUGGCAGCUCUUCCUUCUCUGAAGCUGCUGGUUGGCCUUGGGAUGGUGACUCAGCCGCCUGGAUGACAUGGGCGUUAUUCGGGACCUUUGACCGGAGCAUGACUCUUCUGGAAGUCUGCGGAAGCUGGCCUGAGAGCUUUGGCCUGCGUCACCUGUCUUCCCUGGAGCAGACGGACGAGGGUCUUCGGGAAAGGCUGGCCGACGCCAUGUCCGAGUCGCCCAGCCGGGACGUAGCGGCAUCUGGAACAGGUACAAAGGAGACGCGUGAUCAGAACUCAGGCUCCUCUCUUACCCAACGGUGAUUUCCUUUCAUUUAACUUAUAACCUUCCGUUCUUCUAUGGGUUUCUUUUUUUUUUUUUUGGUUCCUGUGGGUUAAAACCCACAGAGGGGCAUUUCGCACGAACCCAUCGGCCUA